AACCGUAUACUCGCCGUGUAUACAUACAGUCCGUGUCUGUCUGUGUAGCCGUGUGUUUUUGUGUCUGUGUGUCCGUAAGUGUGCACGAUUGCGCGUUCUCUGCUCUCGCUGAGAGUAGCGCACGUCUUUGCCUCCUCUUUGGCACUGGCUGAACUAGCAAGUGAAACAGAGAGAGAGAGAGAGAGAAGAAUCAACUCCGCAUAUCGUGUAUGCGCUGCGCUACGGUCUAUCUCGGUGCUGGUCAUGCGCUCGUGCACGGCGCUACUACCUGCAAGCUCGUAGCGAGCGAGCUUUUUUUCCUGCCGAAGCCCGAAGCCGAGCAAACUCGUCGGAUCGCUCCUGCCAAUGAUCGUCCUGUGCACCUCUCUCGUACACACAACGCUUGUUGACCGUGCGACGACUCAACGCUGCGACGACACGUCCUCGAAUCCUCGCGAGUCCUGCCUCGAGCCUUUGUGACUGCUCUCUGUGUGCGUGUGUCUGUGUAUGUGUGUGUGUGUGUGUGUGUGUCGUCUGUGUUGUUGCUCGAUCAGCAGCUAUCGGUGCGGCUCUGUGUGCGCUGAUCCAAGUGCCGAUGCCUCGCUGCAUCGAGUAAAUAUAUCGACGGCCGAGUGUCGCUUCAGCCACGAACGUAGGAUCAAAGAGUGGACGUGUCGGGCCGCAGCCACUAGAGAUCAGCCAGCGAGAAGCAGCGAUCGAGUCAAUCGGACCGGACGAACGAAGCAACGGCGCAAUUUCUCGUCCGACGCUGUCUCAUUCGCCACCGUCAGCGGAACAGCUAGCCUAGCCGAAGCGACGAGAGAAUCGCUUUGAGCCGAUGCGGCGGAUGGCAUGAUAAUACACAAUAUCCGGCUGGCCGAGGAGCCUCGCAGCGCAUCGCUAUCGGAGGAGUAGUUGGCCCAAGUAGCGCAGCUCCCGAAUCGGAUGAAAAUGGAGGAUCCCGAGUUGGCCGAGGACUCGUCCGGAUGCACCUACUGCACGCUGGAUCCGCCGCCGGAAUUUCGCAUACCGCCGCCGCCGCUGCCGGGCUUCCUCAAGCACGCCCAGGACUAUUACGAGGCGGCGCACCAUCGGCACUCGGUCGAGCACGGCCCCUCGUCCGACGGGCCCGACGCCGGCCGCUCGGCCGUCGGCGACGCCAGGGCCCACGAGCACCUCGACGACAGCCCCUGCAAGCACACCUGCGACUGGAGGGGACAGGGCGUCAGAUACGUCGAAGUGUCCCAGCCAGGAAAUAUUUUCGACGACACGUGGUUCAUCGUACUCGUCUGCUCCUGCGUCGGCGUCAUAUUCAUUGGGAUUAUAUUAGCAACCGUUUUAAUCAAAUGUAAAUUACACAGCGAAGCCAUUCCAUCCAACGACAACGCGUCGCAGUGCAGCAAUCGUAGCAACAAAAACUCGACGUUGUCGACGUCGACGGCCUCGUCGUCGAUGCACACGACCACCACUACGACCGGAGGUGGCGGGGGCCCGGCCUCGUCUUGCGCCGCCCUCAGCUGCAAGUCACCGAUCGUCCGUCUGCAGCAGGAGGCUGCCAUUCUGUUUCCCUGCUCACCCCAGCAUCACUUGCACUUUCACCCCCAGCAGCAGCAGCAGCAGCAGCAGCAGCCAAACAUCAAUCUCCAUCACCAUCACCAUCAUCAUCAAGCUCAUCAGAUAGGACAGCAGCCCCAACAAGACCCGAAUCUGCUGCACGACCCCCGAGUCAUGUGGGCGACUCUGACGCCCCGUGGCACGACCAGGCAUUACUUGGAGGAGCACACGUACGAGACGAUCGGGGGUGGCAGCGACAGUGGCCAGCCGCCCGGCUACACCGAGCGCGACGGCGACGAGCCCGUCGUCGUCUACGCCGAGAGCCCCUGCGAAAACACUUACACGGAGCCCCCCGUGGCGUCGCCCGGCCAAGUGCCCAAGGACGACAAAGCCUUCGACAACACGGGCUUCGUCGACUACGAGGACCCUCGACAGAUAAAAAAUGAGUACUAUCAGCUGGAAGACGUCCUUGAGCCUUGCGAGCCGAUAUUUUCCGUGCAAGCUGUUUACGGCAUGCCGAGUCGUAAUCUCGGACAAGUAGCUAAUACCUUGCGACCUCGGGUGUCGUCGCCUACUCGCAUCGAGCAUCCGAAUCUGCCUCCGUUGAAUCUGCACCGGACCCACAGUAAUAGAAGAAGCAAUAAACACCAUCAGCAGCAGCAGCAGCAGCAGCAGCAUCAACACCAGUCGUUGCACCGCAAAAGGAACCAUCACCACCAGCUGCAGCAACAGCAGCAUACCUUGAUUAGGAAUAUGGCGGCGAACCCGCCUCCCAAUCCUCCUGCGCCCGCCGAAUCAAGUGUUUACUUACCAACUAUUUAAAUUUAAAAAGAAAAAAACGACGCCAAUCGCUUGUAUUUUAAUCUUUCCCACACUCGACACCCACACAUUUUUCAUGAUAAACUCGAAGCCUCGUACACACAGCCAUACAUCCACUCACGUUCACACGUAACACAUGAUGAUACGAUAUUAUAAAUUACUAUAACGACAUUUACUCAAAUCGCAAUCGAAAGCAAUCGUGUUCCUGGUGCUCUCUAUGUGUAAUUCUGUCUCAAUCCAGAUGUAUGAAUGUAGUUGAAUAAUUAUAAUGAUAACUCGAAGAAAAAAAAUGAGUAAUGAUCUUUCGUCGCUCUUCGCGUGCGUUAAUAUAUUGUUACAUACGCAUAGGCUGCGACGUGAGGCUAGUGAAAGUACGCCGAUAUGCGACUGCAAACAUGAUGAAAAAGAUAAUCGAUGAUGCUAAAAUAUAACGUUAUAUUUGUCGCGUGACUUGCAACCUUGAAGAACCCGUGUAUCAUCUCCUUCUUUUUCAUUCUGCAACUAAAUCGCCGAAUCAUUUUUAAUGCUCGAUUACAUUAAGUGGACUGUAGCACACAAUGAAAUCUUUUUUACUCACGCAAUAACAGCACAGACCUAUCCCCGUUUUACUAUUUCUAAAUUCUUGAAGGCUGCAACUCACAUUUAAAAAAAGCUGAUUCGAGAGCGAAUAUAUUGGACCAAACUAAAAGCGAAAGAGAUUUUAAGUAUUAUGUUUUUAUCGAAAUAAAAAACAAAAAGUAAUAAUAAUUAUAAUAGUAAUAUUAAUAAAGGAAGCAACUAGUCUUACUACUAGUUUAAUGAUGUAUGAGAAGUAUAGCGAAGCUGCAAAGCAAUGAUUCAACUGCCCAAUCGUACGCGUGAAUAGAUUGCAUGUGUAAAUGAAAAAACGAACGACGUAGCGUUUAGAUGCAAAAUUAGAAAAUUUUUCUCUGCUCGAAUGUCGCAUUUAUUGUGUGCAUCGAUGUGAAUGAAGCUGCAGCGAAGAAAUUAAGCAUGAGAGAUCUCUAUAAAUGUAUGACUGUUGCCACGUCAUGGUUAUUAUUGUAUUCGUUUAUGUUAUAUCUCGACUAGUAGAUACUGUUAUAGGAGAGUGUCGUUGAAGAAGAUUGAAUCUUCGAUGUGUUCUUCAUAGGAAAAAAAAAACAAACUGCAAACGAUCUCGAUUUUUCUUCCUUAUUUUCUUACAUAUAAUACGCGUACUAACACAAGUUUGAGCGACUCGACGAUGAAACUAUACUCGACUGUUAGGGUACGGCUUUAUUUUUUACGUGCACAUUUCAUUGCCACGAGCGCGUCAUUAAAACGCGACGACAUGAUGCAUAUUUUCUAAAAACAAGUCUGAAAUAAAAUGUAUACAAAAUAAUGGAAAGAUGCUUCGGAUUCCGCGUGAGAGGAGAUGGAUGGUGACUUUUUCAAGCAAGAGAGAAUAACAAUUUAUUGACGUCCAUGAUACUCGAGAGUAUCAGAAAAACACAUACCUACACAGUUUAGUACUUACAUGAAACAUCGUAGAAAAAAAUCAAAUCUCAUCCUAAUGACGCAUUUAUAAUGAAAAAGAAAAUAUAACCAAUCAGAGCUAGUUUUUAAAACAUCUUAUUACAAUUACAUUAUCAGAUUGUAUAUUAUAUUAUGUAUUGUAUUCAAACAAGUUUUCUGUGCAAGAAGGAAACUAACUCGAAAAUAUUUGAGUAAAAAUAUUGUAUACAGACUCGGAGGUGGGCGAAAAAAAAAGAAGUAAAUAAUUAAUUUUGUACUACGAUUCUUCUAAAGCUUUGCUUCAUGUUAUUAAUCACUUAAUUGCUGCUUUAAGUGUUCAAACGCUUACUUAUCCUUAAAUAACAUGUAACUUAUCGAAUGAUGCUCUGACACUUGACGAAAUAAUAACUAUGCAACGGGAGAAAAAGUUGUAUAUCAUUAUUUUUAAAGAAAACAUAUUAUAGGUUUUUACAUGCGAAAAGGAAUACUCAAACUCGGCAAAACAAGUUAACUCUGACGAUGAUAUACCUAUUUAUGAACAAUGUAACAUAGUCAACGACGUUCCUGAAUGAUAAUGAUGCGAUAUACUUUUGUAGAGUGCGUAAACAUGAUAUAUAUUUCACCACAAGCGUACAAUAUUGAUACGAAAAAAUAUUAUAAAUCAUAUAUUGAAUUUUUGAUUUUCAAAUUUUUCAGUUAUAUUGAUAUAUUGAAAACUGUUGUAGUUGAUAGUGUUUUUGAUAGCAUGUAUAUUUUGUUAUCGCGAGGAAGAAGUUGAUGAAGAAGAAAAAAUUCUAAUUAAAAAGUUCUAAAUGCCAGAUGUUUACCAAUAAGCUUUUUUCCGUUUGAUGUAAAUCAUGUAUUAGCCAAACCGCACAAAAUUUUCAAGAGACUUUUUUCUUAUUCUCUUGCCAACUCACGUCACACAUCUAUUCAUUUUGCGUAGAUUAAGACUGAUUUUUAUUAGAUAAAAUUUGGAACGUAACAAAACGAAAAAUGAAGCAAAAAAAUAUUCAUAGGCUGCAAAGGUUUUAAACAUGAAAGAAGCAAAAAAAAACUUUUGCUACAUUUUAUAUAGUUCAACUUCUAAGACUUGAAAAAAAAAUUUUAAUUGACUGUAACCAAAAUAAGGAAAAAAAUUAAUAAAUUUUAUAGCGAUUAGACCUGAUGAAAGAUAAUCAAUUAGUGUAUAUAUAAUCAUAAGAAACGUAAAAAAGGACUAGUCAUUUAAUUAAUGCCAAAGUUUUUAAUCAUUAUUUACUAUUGUAACAUUGAGUUUGACUAUGUUAUUUUAUUUUAAUUGUAAAAAUCACGAUAAACAAUGUUUAAACGCAGAGUUUUUAUAUUGAAUGCGAAUUUUCAUACAAAACGAAUACCUCAUAAUGUAUCUAUUAUUGUGAGUAAUAACGUCUUAAUAUCUUUGAUAGAUUUCGUUACUAUGUGAUACAUAAGUUUGUUUUUUAAUUUAUAUAAUUUUCGUAAUUGAAACUUACUGAUUGCUUCUCUUGGAGCAGAUAUACACAGCUUGACACGAGCUUUAUAAACUAUGAGUAAAAAACGAUAAAUGAUGUAAAAAGCGCAUGCUCGAUAAAAAAAAAUUGAAAACUAGUACCUAUAAGCAAUUCGAACACAUUCAAAAACAAGUAGGAGUCAUGGUGUUCGUUGUUCGCAAACUCGUAGAUUUUAUCGAUACAAUGUACUAGAUUUAAUGUACGCAAAAAAAGAAUAAUAAAAAUGUGCAUUUCAUCUUUAUCCGCUUGUUUUUAAAAGUAAAAAAACAAAUGACAAUCGCAUGAAUGCGAAA